AUGGACAGGGACGAAGACAACGACGAUGACGCCGACGACGAUCGUUUCGGAGACUCGCGCGACGUCGACCGCCUGGAACCCGUGAUGAAGUCUGUGACCGGGCCGGGCGACCACAAGGCGGGCGAUAGUUGCGAGGACGAGCAGCCACUCGAGACUCCGAGGCCGGACGCGAUUGGCAGAAAUGUCCCGGGGGCGGAGAAGGUACUACCGGGCGGACCGGCGGCGAGCGCCGCGUCGGGAGCCGAUGAGCCGACGGCGGCGGCGGCGGCGGCGGCGGCGGCGGCGGAGGCGGUGACGCCGACGACUGGCGCAGCCGCCGGCGACGGCGAAAGCGACGGCAGUGUCGGGAUGGGGCCCCCGCCGAUGCCGAGCUCCACCGGCUCCGCUACCCGCCGCAAGACGACGACCCCCGCGCACGCGCAGGCACAGGCACCGGCGAGCAGCACGAGCUCGAGGUCCAGGCGCCGGCCUGUACGCCCGCCCACGCCGGGCUCUUCUUCUCAGAAGCGAGGCCAGUUUUUCGCCCCAAGGUCAAGCGUCGCGCCGCCGCCGCCGCCGCCGCCGCCCGCGCAGCUGCAGCUGCAGCAGCAGGAACAGGUGGUUCUCCUGUCUUCGGCUCCUUCGGCUCAGGGUAGAGGCAUCGGCGGAGUAGUUGUGUUGGGUGGAGGUGGGAUUACGGUUACGGAGCAUCACCGCCGUGGCUCAAGCGAGGGGUCCCGAGAAGGAAGAGUCUUGCCGGUGGCGGCGGCAGCUGCCCGCGGCGGGCUGAUUCAGACGUCGGCGGCGUCUCCAGCAGAGGGCGGGGGCGGCUCGGCGGAGGAAACGAGUGAUGGUGGGGGGCUAGGGGCGGCAGGCGGGGAUACGGGGGCGGCGGCAGAAGAGAGCUCGGCGGGGCGUGUGCCUGGGUCCGAACACACGUCGCAAGGUUCAGCGUCAUCUCAGAUCGGGCUUCACCUCAGCGCACGCCCCGAAAGAGAAGUGGUAGUCGAGCCACCAGACCGGCCCCAGGGGUCGCUACAAGUGCCAGCGGAAAGGGGUGGCCCUUUUGAUGGUAGAGUCGGGGACGACGGAGAGGGAGAGGGUAGUAGGAGCUUGAUCGGGGCAGGGGGGGCGGGUAGAGAGGAGACGGAGAGGGCUAAGAUCGCCGUAGAACAGCGGUCACCGCGGCCCGAGCAGCUCUCGCGGAACGGGGAGAGAGCGAGCAACGGGGGCACCGGUGCGGGUAGGGGGGGGGCAGUGUCCAUGGCUAGGAGCAUCACGGAGCGGCUUCCACGCCCCAGGCAGAUCUUGGAAGCCCUUCAAGAAGAGCUGGAGCUUCGAAACCCCGGCCUGACCGCCCAGUCGAAGCCGAUCAUCCUGGCGGAGGUCUUGCCGGCCGUGGCGGUAACCUCCCUUGCGCUGUGGACGCUUGCCGUGUACGCCGUGGGAAUCGCUCUCGUCCUCACCGGCAUGCUGCCUGGGAGCUCCACUUCGAGCAUUCCCUGGCAGCGGGCACGCUACGCUGCCGUGUUCUCGGGGGACUUCGCCGGCCUGGCCGGCCUGUACGGGAGCGUCUCGCUCCGGGCGGCCUUUACGGACGAGGCGACGGUAGCGUUAGUGGACGCGCUCCCGGAGCCGGCCGUGGUGGACUUGAUGGUGGAGGCGUGCACGGCGGGGGCGGCGGGGGCGUGGGGCGAGUGCGAAGGGGGCUGGCAACCGGUUUUGUUCCAGGAGGACGUGUCUGUUUCCUCGGGGGUGGGCCUGCCGUUGUCCGACAGGGGUUACGAGAUCUUCAACUUUCGCCAGAAUCAGGAGACUGUCCGGGGAGAGGCGAUCAUCCAGCAGUAUCGCGUGCUGGUGGGCUUCGUGUCCACCACCUCCAGCACCAGCACCAGCAGCGAGGCCGACUUCUCCGGGCUGACCACGGCGCGGUGGACGCUGACGUACGAGACGAGGGGCGCCGGGCGAGGGUCGGGGGUGGCCAUGGCGUGCGCGCUGGGUCUGUGGGUGGUGGGGUGGCUGUCGUGGUGCCACGCCGUGUUUCGCCGCCGCGAAGGAGGCUUUGAGGACGGCGGACCUCACUUCGAACACAAGUGCCUGGCUUUCGCGGGGCUGUCGGUGGCCCUCUACCUGGUCGGCAGCCUUCGCGGGGCCCCCGGCUCGGCGUCGUGGGGCCUGGCGAGCGAGAUGAUGCGCAGCCUGGCCGCGGCGGUGUUUUUGGUGGCGGCGCUCUGCAUGGCAGACGGCAUCCCGCGGCGCAGCGUAGACAACAGGUUCACCAUCGCGAUCGCCCGAUUUUACGCCCCCAAGGUGGCACUUGGCGUGGCCGCACUGAUGUUCAUGCUGCUGGUCGACUUGGCGUUGUUCCCCAGCCUGGCGGGGUGGGAUCACGGGUCGCUGGUGGCAAUGGACAACUGGCCGCAUGCGCAGCUGGUCGCCUUUACCCUGGUCGCCGUCGCGGAGAUGGUCUUGAUGGCGAUGUGGGCCGUGUGGAUGGUGUGGAGGAUCACCAGCGCGGGGCGCCUGCUGCGACAGCUCCCGUACGUCCCGACGCGGUUCCAGCAGCUUUCGUACACCUUCUUCGGCCUGCAGGUGCUGUUCCUUGUCCUGGUCUUCGCGGUGCUGGCGCUGGCGAGGCUGGCGAGGAUCCUCGAUACCGACUUGGGGGGAAACUCGGUGGGCGCAGAGUUCCUGCUCUUCGUCGUCAACACCAGACAGGACCACACGGCGUCGGUUUGGAUUGCGUUGGCCUUCGCCCUGCAGCUGCUGCUGCUGUUUCUCCCCGCGUCGCUGAAGGAGUGUGCCUUGCUGAGGGGCUUCGUGGUGCGGUUCGUGCACUUCGAGUCUCAAGUCCCGCAGCUCGGCCGGAGCGGCAAGGGCGACGCGAAUGGACGAGAAGAAGAGAAGCAAGGGACAGGAAGAGGAGGAGGAGGAGGAGGAGAGCAGCAAGGGGUAGGAGGGGAGCCAGGGCACCGGGACCCGGAAGGCGGAUCCUGUACUUCAGCAACCCGAGGAGGCGCCGCCAUACCCGGGGACGCGCGGAGGAUGUCCCCUCACGGGGUGCGUGUUGUCGUCGGGAACGAGGGUAGAGGCGGGAGCAGCCGGAGCGGCGGCAGGAGCAGCGAUCUUGUGGGGACGGCGGGGGGAGAAGGAAAACGCCCGUUCUUGUGCCUGGAGACCGCUGCGUGGCUUCUGGAAGUAUCAGAGGAAACCUACAAAAUGCCUCCUGACCCGUGCAAGCCCAACAACGAGGCUAACGUAGCCGUCGCGGACUUCGAGCGCGUGGGUCUCGAGGUGUUCGGCUACAUCUCCAACACCGAGCACGACACGCACUGCUUCGUGCUCAAGGACGACAGGAGGGCGCGGGUGGUGGUGGCGUUUCGCGGCGCGGUCUGCAGAAGGUCCUGGAUGAACAGACUCAGGUUCAAGCAGACGGAGUUCAACCUCGACGCGAUGAUGCCAGUGGGCCGAGAGGCCGAAGCGCCAAAGGUGCUCGCCGAAGAGGUCAUGGACCCCUGGCCGGCGGCGGAAUCAGCUGCCCUCGCCGCUCAAAACGGCGGCCAUUACGCCGCACCCGGUACGUCCGCCGGCGGCGGCGGGGGGCGAGAAAACUCUGAGAGCGCUGUGCCCCGGGGGCAAUGUUUACCCCGCGCCUCUGCACACCCUGCCGAUGCGGGCGUUUUGGAGAACGACACCGUUGCCGUCCAUACGUCCCCGUCCUUGUCUACCCUGAACGGCUGCGGCGACGCCGAGAACGACGACGACGACGACGACAACGUUCUUGGGAGUACGACGCUGACGCCGGCGGCGGCGGCGGCGGCGGCGGGUUCGCACCCGGCUUUGGGGAGAUUUUUCUUCCCGAAGAGCGCGAGCAACAUCAGUCAUUCCAUGGACGAUGCCGCUUCGGCCAGCAACGCCACCAACCGCGGCGGUGGCGGGACGGCUUCGGUCGCUCCGGCUGAUGAGUCCCGCGCUGUUGUUGCUCCCUCGGCCACCGUAGUGAAACGCGUAACGCGGAGCAGCAGCAGCGCAGGAGCGGCAUCGAGGGAAACGCCCGGCGGUGGCGGCGGCAUCGAUCCCAAGUCUUGGUCAUACACCGGCGGCGGUGUCGGUGGCGGCGACGGACGGGAGCUCGACAAGAAGGGGGCCACCACCACGCCUCCGAGUGCACUACCCCGGUACGUCCGGCCGGCGAACGCCUCCACCCCGUCGACCGCCGCCGAUGGCGGCGGCGACGGCGGCAACGGGGACUACGACGAUGGCGGUGCCGGUGGUGGCGGCGGCGGCGGCGGCGGCAACUGGCGGCGAAAGGACGGAGACCGGAGGGGGAGCACUGGCAGGCGCUGGAUCCGCAGGCUGUUGAGGACCGCGUCGUCUAUCGGGGCCUCGUCUUUCGGCGGCGGCGAUUCUCCCAUGUGGAGCUCCGACUUCGAGAGCGAGGACGCUGGAGGCAAGGAGGAGAAGGAGGACGAGGGGUGGGGCGGGAGAGGAAGAGAAGGCGGCGGGGCGGGGGGAGGAGAUGAAGAGGUGGGGGGGCGAGCAGCGUGGCAAGAAGCGAAGGUCGUCGACGCUGCUGCCGGAGAUGCGGAAACGGGCGGAGGGAGAAGGGAGGUGGAGAACAGCGGAGCUAAGAACCACCAGGACGCAUUGCCUGCCGCGGCCGCAGAACCAGUACAGGCAGGCGACUCCUUGAGAGACGCAGAGGAGGGGGUAACGGGGGGGCGAGAGUUUGCUGACAAUAGGCAGGCUCACGGGACCGGGCUCAGCCGGGCCCCAGUGUUGAACAAGUGCCUGGGGGGGAGGGUGCACACCGGAAUCUGGGACUCUUACGAGGCGGUGCGGGAAGAGGUGCACGUGGCCGUCCGCAAGGUCGUGGUCGGUUGGCUGCUGAGCGAGCGGAACGCUCCCGGUGUUAUACAGGUCUACGUGACCGGGCACUCGAUGGGGGGGAGUCUCGCCGCACACUGCGCGAUGGAUCUCAAGAUGUACACGGUGGACAAGAUUCACGCCCGCCUCGGAGACUUCGCAAGAAGGCGCCGCGCCCUUCGGGACCGUAUACGGGCGGCGGAGGUGCCCGCCGUGGUCGGUGACACCGGCGGUGGCGGCGGCGGCGGCGGCGGCGGCGGAAGGAGAGAAGACGCCCUGGGUGAGGGGGACGAUGGAGAGGACCUGCGGUCUAGGGGAGAGGUUGAGCUAAGCCUGUUCUCGUUCGGGGCCCCGCGGGCGGGCAACCAGCGCUACGCGGCGAGGUACAAUGCCGCCGUGCCGCGCAGCUUCCGGAUCGUGGUGGACGGUGACCCCGUACCGCCUUUCUCCCUACUCGCCGCAGGGGUUACCCACCUGGCGGUACGGGCACGCGGGAACCAAGGUUUUGAUCGACGGUCGAGGGAGAGGUCCGCUCAUUCUGGACCCGAGCCUGGCGGAGCAGAGGAUCUUCCCUCGCUCACAGCGGAGGCGCUACGUGCAUCACCAUGA